AUUCAAAGCACUCCGCAAGAUGAAAUUCCAGGUUUUUCAUCUCUCUUCCACUCUUCAAACCACUCUCUUUUUCUUGCUGGUGCUGCUGGUCCAGCCUCCCAGAGGUCUAAUGUUGCCCCACCAUCCCAUGGUUUACCUGCCUACACUGGACAACCCUGAGUGGGAGGCUGCACUUCUCCAGCUUCAGGCUUUGCUGGGAGCUCCAGGUGGCAGAGCAGCAGGCGAGUUCAAACCCUGGGCUCUGGUUGAGGAGCCAGACUCUGAGGAGCAUUUGGAGAGAGCAGAGGCAGAGCUGGGGUGGGGACAGAGGAGCACCGUCAAGGGCCAGAAGAGAGAGGAGCUGGGACGGAGACCAGUCGGGACAUUCCCAGACAACCAUAUAGUGGCUGUUCCUUAUCCACAGGGAGGAGAGGUGGAGGAGGAGGAGGGUGGAGAGAAGAGGAACGAGGCACUCACUUCCAUUGCAGGAGGUCUGCAAGCCUUUAAUAGACAGAAAGGAGGAUUUGGCUUUCGAUUUGGCAGAAAGUGAAGGGGUAGUGCAUGCGUGCGUGUGUGUGAGUGGAUUAUUUACAUAGCUAUACUUUGGAGACAAAAUUUUCUCUAUAAGUGAGCUUAUCUAAAUCUUUGGGAUUGUCCUUUGAAAAUUGUGGGGUGUGCAUAACAUAAAUAAUGUUUAUGGGAAAAGUGCAGAUUAUAUGACAUUUAUU